AAGGGGGGGGCGGGGGAGAGCGGCGAGCGAAGCAGCACCGGGCUGAGGCCAUGCAGGCGCGCUACUCCGUGUCCAGCCCCAACUCCCUGGGAGUGGUGCCUUACCUCGGCGGAGAGCAGAGCUAUUACCGGGCGGCUGCGGCCGCCGCCGGGGGUGGCUACACGGCCAUGCCGGCCCCCAUGAGUAUGUACUCUCAUCCGGCCCAUGAGCAGUACCCCGGCGGCAUGGCCCGUGCCUAUGGACCUUAUACACCGCAGCCUCAACCCAAAGACAUGGUGAAGCCUCCCUACAGCUAUAUAGCUCUCAUCACCAUGGCCAUUCAGAAUGCCCCAGACAAGAAGAUUACUCUGAACGGUAUCUAUCAGUUCAUUAUGGACCGCUUCCCUUUCUAUCGGGACAACAAGCAGGGCUGGCAGAACAGCAUCCGUCACAACCUCUCGCUCAACGAGUGCUUCGUCAAGGUGCCCCGGGACGACAAGAAGCCCGGCAAAGGCAGCUAUUGGACCCUUGACCCGGACUCUUACAAUAUGUUCGAGAACGGCAGUUUUCUGCGGCGGCGGCGACGCUUCAAGAAGAAGGAUGCUGUCAAAGACAAGGAGGAGAAGGACCGUCUACACCUCAAGGAGCAAUCCCAGCAGCAGUCCACCCAGCCUCCGCCGCGGCAGCAGCCGCAGCCACAGCAGCAAUCCGAGCAAGCCGAAAGCGGUGCAGCAGGGGGCUCUGGAGGUGGGAGUUCACAGCAGCAGCAACAGCAGCAGCAGCCGGUGAGAAUUCAGGAUAUUAAGACAGAGAAUGGUACGUGCUCUCCACCACCCCCAGCCACUGUCCCCCGCCGCGGCGCCCACGGUGGCGGCAGCAGUGCUGCGGUCCCUAAAAUCGAGAGUCCCGAUAGCAGCAGCAGUAGCCUAUCCAGCGGCAGCAGCCCCCAUGGCAGUAUACCUUCCAACAGGUCCCUGAGCCUAGACGGGGGGGAGCACACCCCGCAGCCGCAGCCUCAGCCGCCGCACACGCAGCAGCAGCAACAGCAGCAGCAGCAGCAACAGCAACAGCAACAGCAUAGCCAAGGCUUCAGCGUGGACAACAUCAUGACUUCUCUUCGGGGCUCGCCGCAGGGGUCAUCUGCGGAGCUUGGUUCCAGCCUCCUGGCCUCCACAGCCACCGCUUCAUCCACCGGCAUCCCUCCUUCCCUGUCGCUCAGCGGAUACUCCCCAGGACAGAGUUCCAUCUACAGCUCCCCGUGCAGCCAAAGCGCUAGCGCUAGCAGCGCCAGCGGCGGAGGUGGAGGCAGCGGUGGCGGGGGAGGCGGCGGCGGGGGAGGCGGCGGCGGCGGCGGCGCCGGAGGAGCUGGGACCUACCACUGCAACAUGCAAGCCAUGAGCCUGUACGCAGCUGGAGAAAGGGCAGGUCAUUUACAGGGCGGGCCAGGGGGUACUGGCAGCUCAGCAGUGGAUGAUCCUUUGCCCGACUACUCUCUGCCCCCAGUCACCAGCAGCAGCACAUCUUCCCUGAGUCACGCCGGCCAGGAACCGACUCACCACCCGGCGGCCCACCAAGGGCGUCUGACCUCUUGGUACCUGAAUCAGGCUGCUGGAGACCUAGGCCACUUGGCCAGUGCGGCCGCGGCUGCCGCGGCAGCGGGUUACCCAGCACAACAGCAGAACUUUCACUCUGUGAGGGAGAUGUUCGAGUCGCAGAGGAUUGGCUUGAACAACUCUCCGGUGAAUGGGAAUAGCAGCUGUCAAAUGGCCUUUCCUUCCAGCCAGUCGCUCUACCGCACGUCAGGCUUUGUCUAUGACUGCAGCAAGUUCUGACCAAAACAAAGCAAGCAAAGCAGCCUGAUUUACCACCCCCACCCCCAUUCCGAUCCAAAACCGAAACCAAAAAAAAAAAAAUCCCCAAUUAAAAAUAACAAAACUUUUAAACUCACUUACAAACCAGCAGAACCUCUCCCCAAAAUAAGCCUAACCAAACAAAUCAUCAGCACAAAGAAAACUGUAUUUUCUUAUUAAUUUCAGAGCCACCUUGCCCUCCCUAAAUAAACCAAACUGUAAACUAUUUUGUACAGAGACAGCAAAAUCUUGGUUUAUUAAAGGACAGUGUUACUCCAGAUAACACGUAAGUUUCUUCUUGCUUUUCAGAGAUCGUUUUCCUUCCCCUUUAACAUCUUCCAUUCCCCUCCUUCCCAACCUCAUCCCUCAACUCCAUCCUUAAGAUAUUAUUUUACCGUAUGUUUAAAGGGGGUGCGGGGGGAGGGAAAUCCUAUAUACUGCAGUUGCUUUCUCCCCCCCCCCCCCCAUGGACUUGUUUUAAAAUGUAAAUUGCAACAUAGUAAUUUAUUUUUAAUUUGUAGUGGGAUGUUGUGGACCAAACGCCAGAAAGUGUUUCCAAAACCUGACGUUAAAUUGCCUGAAACUUUGAAUUUUUUUUAUCAUUAUAAAAGGGAAACUGUAUUAAUCUUAUUCUAUCAAUCAUUUUUCUUUUUGUUGAACAUAUUCUGAAGGUGUUUUAUUGUUUGUUUAUUAAUAAAUUACCAUUCAAUUUGA